AUGCAUUCUCUGAUUGGGCUUCAGAUAUCAGGGGAAAUGGAUAAGGGUUCACCAUCAUCUUCUUCUUCAUCGGGUUGCGGUGGGGUCGACUCGUUCAACGGCUUUAAAUUCGGCAAGAAAAUCUACUUUGCCGGCGCUUGUUCAGCAGCGCCGACGUCCCCGGCCAAGAAAGGGCGGACGGUGGCGGCGCAAGGCGGGCAGCCACCACGUUGCCAGGUGGAGGGAUGCAGCGCAGAUCUAAGUGAUUCUAAGGCUUAUUACAGCAGGCACAAAGUUUGUGCUGUCCACUCUAAGUCUCCAACAGUCAUUGUUGCUGGCCUUGAGCAAAGGUUCCAUCAGUUGCCGGAAUUCGACCAAGGAAAACGGAGUUGCCGGAGGCGGCUCGCCGGCCAUAACGAGCGUAGGAGAAAACCGCCUUCUGGACCUCUCAUGUAUCCACACUAUGGGACCCUUUCUACAUACGAUGACUAUGGGCAAGCUGGAGGUUUUAUGAUGGACUUUAGCAGCUACUCAUCAAACAUGACCAGAGUAGAUUCGUUGCCCAACAUAAGCUCCGAACGAGCCAUAGAGAAUCAAUCGCCCGCCCCACAAAAGUACAAUUUUUCUUGGCGAAGCAAUUCGCGCGAUCAUCUUUCUAAUCCCAUCCAAAGCCCGAACCUACAGCUCGGAAUACCUCCAGAGGGAUGUUACGAUGGGGCAUUGAAUUCCAACCCUGGUGCUCUCUCUCUUCUGUCAAACACAUCUUGGGGCCCGAGUACCCAACUGCAAGCCUUGGGCUUAGGCCCAAACGAUUUUAUCGGGCCUUCAAAUGCCACUAUCGGUCAAUUUCCAUGCGGGCCGUGGGGUUUUAAGAGCAAUGAAGGUGGUGACUACAUGCACGAUUUGGCUCCGGGUAUGGGUUUUGCUGCAUUUUCUCAGAGUUCUAACAGUCAGUUUAGUGGUGGACUCGGACUGGCUCAGUCGAGCAACGAGCAUUACCAAGGUGAGAUCGAGCGGUCGAGUGGGUAUGAUUCCCCAGUUCAUCAGAUUCAUUGGUCGCUUUGA